CGGCAAGCAUAGGGUUUCUCUCUCUCGCUCGCGUCGCGUCCCUUCCGCCGAGACGAACAAACAAGCACACCACACAAACCCAGACACUCCCACCACUGCGCGUCUGCGUCUCUCUCUCCCACGGAAUUCAGAGACCCGAGCCGGAGGCACAAAAAAUUCCACGGAAAAAUAGAGAGAGAGAGAGAGAGAGAGAGAGAGGGAGUAAUCCCGUCCAGAAAUCGUCGCCCCAAUUCCAGAUUUCCAGUCCUCUCGUCUUGGCCCCCGAAACCCUCCCGAAAUCCCACGAAUCCUCGCGAAUUUCUCGCCCCCAAUCCUCCGCCGCCGCCGCCGCCCGCCGCACGCCGCAGAUUUCCCAUUCGGGCGAGGCCGGAGUGGUCGGCGCCGGCGGCCGAGGGGGGCCCCCUCAAACCCCUCCCCCCGCGCGGGGGACCGCGUCCCGCUUUGAUCAGUCGCGUCGCGGCGGAUUGGCUCCUCGGGUGAGGGGGUUCGAGAGGGGGGGAGGGAGGGAGGGAGGAGCGGUUUUUUUUUCCCCCCAAGUCGUCGUCGUGUUUUUUUUCCCCUCCGUUUUGUGCGCGCGUUCGUGCGUGCGUGAGGGAGGGAGGUCGUGGUGGUGUUGGGGAAGUUAGGGUUUGAGGGUUUGGUCCGGAGGGGGUAGGGUCUGGUGGUGGCCGUGGCUGCCCCCGGCCGGGGGUGGUGGGUGGCUGGGGGGAUUCGCCGUUCAACUGUUGCGUGCUGUGGUGGUGGGGAGAUCAGUUUGUGGCGGCGGAUUGGAUCAGUGGACGGUGCAGCUGCCUCCGCCACAGGUGUUGGUGCUGGUGGAAGUGUAGGGGGUGAGGGUGCCGCCCGGCAUGGACCGAGGUGAACCCUCGCUGAAGCCGGAAUGGCUGGUGCGGGGGAAUGGUGUUGUGGCUGCCACGAGCCUCUGGGCUGGAACUUCUUCGCCGCGUGCAGAUUCUGAUCAAGUUAGGAACAUUUCGUCAAGAAACCAAUCAUCAGGUCGUGAUCGUGAACGGAGCUCCCAACAGUCCAUCUCUCGAAGGAGUUCUGGCUCAGUUGGGCCUAGACGGCAUGACCGAGAUGGUACAGCAAAGUCAAGAGGCUAUGCCAGUUUUGGAAGGAGCAACAGGGACAGGGGGUGUGAAAAGGACUCUGAUUCCCGUAAUUGGGAAAGUAAGUUGGGUCCACCGGAUGAUCCCUUGUAUGAUGGCUUCAAGCCAUUCAGCUCGUGCAGAACUGAAAAGGACAGACUUAAUCAUACUCGUUUAAAGGUAGAUACGUUGAAUCAGUCGAUAGGAGAAAGUCUAGACAGUGGUGUUCGUAGUGUAUCAAGAAAGGUUACUGGUGGCAUCUCCUUUGAGCGAGAAUUCCCACACCUUGGUUUUGAGGACAAGAAUGGAAAACAAGAUGUAGGUAGAGUUCCAUCUCCUGGAGUUAGCAACCCAAUUCAGAGUAUACCUUUGGGUCCUGUACCUGAUGGGCGUAAUUCGGCGCUAGCAGAAGUUCCUAUACUUGGUGGACCAACCAACUCUACUGUUUCCUCUUCUUUGUUACGCACUGGUUCCAGUAAGCAAAUGGAAGGGCCAAACUGUGGGACUGCAUUAAGUAUGGCUGAAACAGUAAUGCAAGCACCAUUAAAAAUCUCCACAACACCCCAGUUAUCAAUCGAUACUCAUAAGAUUGAGGAAAGAACUAUGAAGCAGUGCAUCCUAAGACCUCUGACACCUUCGUCGAACAAAAUUUCUGUAUCAAGUUCAUCAGAUAAGUUAAAACCCAAAGGUGCAAGAGCUGGAGAUUCUAAUGUCCCUAUCAAGGUUGCACCGCAAGUGCCAAUACAGAUUUCUGGCAGCUUUAUUCGUGCCCCAGUAAAACAUGAGCUUGUAAAGCCAUCUCAAUCAGGAAGCUUUCAAGUCCUUAGUCGUGAACAGAAUGGUAUUGUAAACACUGCCAAAGACAGUACUAGCAAUCCUGUGAGCCCUGUUCUAGGCCGAUCUUCUUCAGUGGAGCCACUGAGAAAGCCUUUCGUCAACCAAAAGCUAAAGGGUGUUACUAAUGGUCUCCCUUUACAAUUGCAAGGAUCAUUUAAUGAGAGAAAAUCAAGUGCAAAAGAUAAGCAUAAAUUCUUUGAGUUGCUACGCAGCAAAUCGUUGAAUGGUUCAUGCACUUCUACUGUGUCUUCAUCUGCAUUGCUUGAUGAGCAACACAACUCUUGUCUUGAAUUGUUUAAUUCUGGAGUCAAAUGUAUGGAACAUGGAAGUAGUUCCUGUGAGGAAGCAAAUUCUUGUGAGGGAUCACAGCAGCACCUUUCUGACAACGAUGAAAUCAAUCCGCCUUGGGAACCUCGUGAUGUUUUUGAUGAGGGAAUGCAAGAGAUUCUGUCUGACAACAGGGACUUUAACUCUUCAUCAGAAAUUGCUGACGCAGAAGAUGUAUAUAUGAAGCCUCAUACAAACAAUGCUGUUUCCACUCCAUCCAUCAUACCUGCAGGAAUGGAUAAUGGCUCCAUGGGGUUCAAUUGUAGUGAUGAUGAAGCUGAUUUGUUGUUUGAGCCCAUUGGAACAGGGGAAGAGGAAUCCUAUCCUGCUCAAGACAGACCUAGUCCAGAGGAGAUGGCUUUCUUGGUUUCUCUUGGCUGGAAAGAGGAUGAAAUAGUUCCACCUCUGAAACAGGAAGAAAUUGCUGAUUGUUUACGUCACAAUGUGAGGCUGCAGCAGAAGCUUGAGGAGUGCAGGGGCUAAUGAAGUAAUGCUAUAAUUUUACCAAGCAACAUGACUGGCGAUCUCAUCGUGCUGAUAACUUGUGGAUGUGAAGCUGUAUCUUGAUGGGUUUCGUAACCACUUCAGUUAUGACUGUCUAGCUUAACAAGUUGAGUUUUUUUUGUUGAUGUUUCAGCGAUGUGGGGAUGCUUCAUGAGUAGAAAAUUUUCCCUGCUGAAAAGAGGUUUUCAGGUUUUCUCCCUCAUUUUCCCAGAAGGAAUACUAAAAAUGAAAUUCUAUCUGGUGUUGGAGGCACAUAGGUGUGCGAUGCUCUGAAAGAAUAGGUUUUCUUUUUACUGCUCAUGCUUGUCCUUGUUUCAAAAAUGAAAGAAAAAGAAUACUGGGUCUCAACAUGAAAGUUGCAUAGGGUUUUCUUGGUAUACUCAAAUUUUGCAUGGUUUUAUAGUUUCAA